AUGCAGAAUGCGGAGAAGAUCUUCAUAACAUUUUUUGUGAAAUCUCUACAACCUUCUGACGUCAACGUGGAUAUUUCUCCUCAGUCCCUCAAAGUACAAAUUCAAAACCCAUUAAUAAAUCAAGAAGCCGCAAAAAAUCAGCAGCAACUCUACGAAUUUCACGUUCAGAAACUCAGGCAUGAAGUAACUCCGGAACAUUCAUCUUAUGAGAUUCACAAAACUAAGCUUGAAGUGGUGCUGUCUAAAAAGGAAGUAGGGGAGACAUGGGCUGCUUUAGAGGCCGUCAAGGAGGCGCAGGAGCAGCAGACGGCUGCAGCUCGAGUUUAUCCAUCAUCAAAGAAGAAAAUUGAUUGGAACAAAAUGGAGAAGGAAAUAGCAGCAGAACUUGAAUCUGAACAGCUUGAAGGGGAACAUGCGCUGCAGAAACUGUUUAGAGAUAUAUAUGGAAGAGGCGAUGAAGACACCCGAAGGGCGAUGAUUAAAUCUUUUCAAACAUCAGGAGGCACCGUUCUAUCAACGAACUGGGCAGACGUAAAAGACAAAGAUUAUGAAAAAACGCUGGAGGCCCCUGAAGGUCAAGAAGUCCGUUCGUGGAAUUCUUGA